CAAAGCGUAAAGAUGCAGACUUCUCUACAGAUGUUGAGUACUUAUGAAAAACAUUUACUGCCUAACUGUAAUGUUGUACAUUUGAGUACUUCCGAGUCCGACUAUCUUUACCGUCAGGAGCGUAAUAGGUGAUAUGCAACCGGCACACAGAUUAAUGCUGGUGAAGGCACCCGGGAUUGUCUUGUUAACGGAGAGGAUGGCGGAUUUGUGGAACCAUACAGGCAGCUUAUACAACCGAUCGGGUAUGAUCCCGGAUCGUUUCAGCAGUUUGGAGGACAUAGAUAUUCCCGCGGACGGUAGUCCAACUUUACGCAUCAUGAUUUCCAUAGUGUAUUCUGUUGUGUGCGCAGCAGGUUUGGUUGGAAAUCUACUGGUCUUUUUCUUGAUGAAAGUGAGACGAGGAAGGAAGAGGUCCACGAUCAACUUUUUCAUACUUAACCUGGCCAUGACAGACUUUCAGUUCGUUCUGACCUUGCCUUUUUGGGCGGUGGACACAGCCAUGGACUUCAGUUGGCCAUUUGGAAAUGCAAUGUGUAAGAUCAUUUCCUCAGUCACUGUAAUGAACAUGUACGCAAGCGUGUUCUUUCUGACUGCUAUGAGUGUUACUCGCUACUGGUCUGUUGCCUCGGCUCUGAAAGACCGCACGCGGAACAGAUACUGCUCGGUGAGAUGGGUGAGCGCAGUGCUCUGGGUCUCGGCCACCGUGGCUACCGCACCAACUGCUAUAUUCUCCACAGUGACAAACGUAGCUGGUGAAAAACUAUGCCUUCUCAGAUUUCCAGAAGGCCAUUACUGGUUGGCUCUGUACCACUUACAGAAAAUCCUCGUUGCCUUCGUUUUUCCCAUGCUCAUUGUCACAGUUUGCUAUUUACUGCUUCUCCGGUUCGUUCGUUUAAGGAGCAUGAACAACAACCACAUAAAAAGGAGGUCUAGAGUCACAAAAUCUGUAACCAUUGUUGUCCUAUCCUUUUUUUUGUGCUGGAUGCCAAAUCAUGCUAUUACAUUCUGGGGUGUUUUGGUGAAAUUCAAUGUUGUUAAUUGGGACAAGUCGUAUUAUAUUGUUCACACAUAUGUUUUCUCUGUGACGGUUUGCCUUGCGCAUGCCAACAGCUGCUUGAACCCAGUGUUGUAUUGCCUUAUGCGAAGAGAGUUCAGAAAAAUGCUGAAGGAUUUAUUUUGGCGGAUGUCUUCACCAGUGAUGUCAAACUCCUGUCAAGUGCGACCGUUUUCUGGAACUCUUAAAAUGGACCAAGAUGAUACCCAGAUAGUUAUCCCUUUGAAUGUCAUGGAAACCGACCAGUGUCAACUAUCAAUUGAAAACGGACCAUGUGAAUCUUCCGUUGUCAACCAGCUCCGUAGGUAACUUGACUUGGCGCACAGAAAACGGACUGGGAUUAUUUACAGUGCAAAGGACUUUCGAUGACCAAGUGUACUAGGGUACCAAACUACACUUUCUCGAACUUUAAAAAAAAAUGUGAUCAAACAACACCUGUGCCGAAUUGCGCAAAGGACACAUGCGCCGCACUUUGUUUCCUGAUCGUCCUAUUGUAUGCUUAAGCUUCUUUGCAGCGCGUAUAGUUGUGUUAUAAUUUGACUCGAGUAAAACGACGUUUCGAAAAAUCUUCAGUUACCUUUCAUGAGAAUAAUUCUUAUAAGAUGUUGUUUAAAUCCACGCCCAAGUGUGUUUUAAGGCUAUACGUUUUGGGGGGCUGUAUUUUUUAUGGCCACUUCGAACGUAGGCCUAAUGUUCCAGUGAAAUUCUCUACAUGUUUUCACAGUAUUCUAUUCUAAUCACUUUCCGUGCUUUGCGUAGUUGUGGCUGUACACCCGCAAGGACAUGAAAACAUUGUUGAUCACGCACUCACUGCGACUUAACACCGCAAAACCACACGUAUGGUUGCGCAAUUGAGCUAAAAAAAAAAACACGUUGAAUGUUGUAAGUAUUAAACUGAAUUAGGCCUCCUCAUGAAACAUUCGUAAACAUUUGUGACGUCCAUGUUUUUCAAAAUUGUAUGUGACAGGUGCCUGUGAAACAAAUAAUGUGUAAACGAAUGUAAAAACUGCCAAGAGCAAGGGGCGAAUAAAAUGAUU